AUGGCCGAUUGGUUUGAGUGGGCUAUUGAUUUCGAAGGACAAAAACGAGCAGAAUAUCUGUAUCAAUCGAUCAUUGUAACUUUUGCGAUUUUUGGCUUCUUAAUAGGGUUUCAACUGCAAUCACUGCUAUUAACGUUCCAAAUUUUUGCGGGAGGAGUUGCAUUGGCUGCGUUGUUUGUAUUGCCUCCUUGGCCUUUCUACAAUUCACAUCCUAUACGAUGGUUGGAAGAAAAACAAACUAACCCGGAGAUUACUAACGAAAAAUCGACAUAG